CAAAGCAAUGGAAGAUUACAUUGAUCAGGUAAUAAACUUAGCCGAAAAGCUGGCAGAACUAUUGAGUGAGAACCUCGGAUUAGAUAAAAAUUACCUGAAGCAGACAUUUUCAGAGCCUCACAUAGGCACAAAAGUAGCAAUUUAUCCCCAAUGCCCAAAACCAGAACAGUUCAAAGGACUCCGAGCUCACACUGAUGCAGGUGGAAUCAUUGUAUUGCUCCAGGAUGAUUUCGUCUCAGGACUCGAGUUUUGGAAAGACGACGAGUGGGUGCCAAUAACUCCAACGAAAGAUAACAGGAUAUUCGUGAACCUUGGUGACCAGUUGGAAGUUGUAAGCAACGGUAUCUAUAAAAGUAUUUUGCAUAGAGUUAUUCCUAACAAGGAUGGGAGUCGUCUCUCCAUUGCGACAUUUUACAAUCCGGGCGCAAAUGCAAUAAUUUCUCCAGCACCAAAGCUCUUGUAUCCUGGACAUUAUCGUUUCCAAGAUUAUCUUAAUUAUUAUACUGACACUAAGUUUUCUGAUAAAGGAUCAAGGUUUCAGAGUAUCAAGGAGAUGUUGGUGCAGCUAUGAUAUGUGUUUUAUUGGUAAUGAAUAAGAAAAGUUUACCAAUGCUGUACGUAAUACUGCUACAUGAG